GUUAAUCAUUGGAAAAUUAUUUUGUUUCUACACAUAUCUGUUUUAAAUGUGAUCUAAAAGAUGAAUAAUAAUAAUCCAAAUAUAAUAUUCAAUCCAUUGAUAAGUGCUAUACAAAAAGUGGUACUGUAUGAAACCAGAACGCGUUUGUAUUUAUUGGGCAGUAAUAAUAGAGAAACGCGAUUUCGUUUACUAACCAUCGAUCGUACCCAACACGACCGGUUGGUUAUUGAUGAAAAUCCCAAUGAAUUCAAUGCCUUGGAAAUACGAAGAUUUCUCGGCUCUUUGGGCGGCUCACCCAAAGUUAUUUCAGCCUAUGGAGUAUUGGGAUUUGUAAGAUUCUUAGAGGGCUACUAUUUAAUAUUGGUCACGAAAAGGAAAUGUUGUGCACAUUUGGGUAUGCAUUUAAUUUACACUAUAAAGGAUACGGUUAUGGUUAAAGUCAAUGAACCAACAGUGGCUCUAAAAACUCCACAUCCCUACGAAGAACGCUACAAGAAAAUGUUUCAAAAUAUCGAUUUGAGAAGUAAUUUCUACUUUUCAUAUUCCUACGAUUUAACACGCACUUUACAGUAUAACUGUUCCGCUCCCAGAUAUGUGGGCCCACAUGUGGAUAUAGAAACGGAUGAGCCCUUGCCCGACUGGGAUUCUCUCACAAAUAAUGUAGAGAAUUCCAAUGAACGAGUGGAUUAUGCUUUCAGAAGUUGUUCGCGCAAACGUUUUGUUUGGAAUGCAUUUUUGCUCGAACCCAUGUUGUCGUGUGGCAUUAUGCUGAGAGAUUGGCUUUUGGAAGUUACCCAUGGUUAUGUUAGCCAGUCGUGCAUCAGUGUAUUUGGGCGAAGAGUAAAUGUCUGCCUGAUAGCACGCAGAAGUACCAGAUUUGCUGGUACAAGAUUUCUAAAACGUGGAGCUAAUUUUCGUGGUGAUGUGGCCAAUGAAGUGGAGACAGAACAAAUAGUGACAGAUGGUCAUAACAUGUGUUCAUUCACACAAAUGCGUGGAUCUGUACCAUCACAUUGGUCUCAGGAUAUUAGUAAAAUGGUACCAAAACCACCAAUACAAUUGGACAUUUCUGAUCCCUAUGCCCAAACGCCGGCCAGACAUUUUGAAAGAUUACUCUUUCACUAUGGUUCACCCAUUAUCAUAUUGAAUUUGGUUAAGAAACGCGAAAAGCGACAACAUGAAAAUAUUAUUGCAAAAGAACUGGUUAACAGCAUACGAUAUCUUAAUCAAUUCUUGCCACCCCAACAUCGCAUGAAAUACAUACACUUUGAUAUGGCUCGCAAAAGUCGUGGCGGUGGCAAUGUAAUGGAAAUGCUGGCCGACAUUGCCGAAUCGGUGGUGCAACAAACUGGUAUGUUUUUUAAAGCCCGCGGCCAUCCCAUAACAUUUCAAACUGGCCUGGUGCGCACAAACUGUGUUGAUUGUUUGGAUCGCACAAAUACCGCACAAUUUGCUAUAGGAAAGUGUGCUUUGGGUCAUCAGUUGGAACGUUUGGGUUUUAUCAAAUCAGCAAAAUUGGAAUUUGAUUCGGAUUGCGUUACCAUGCUGGAGAAUUUGUACGAAGAACAUGGUGAUACGUUGGCUUUGCAAUAUGGCGGUUCUCAGUUGGUUCAUCGCAUUAAAACGUAUCGUAAGACGGCGGCUUGGGCCUCACAAGGCAAUGAUAUUAUGCAGACAUUAAGUCGGUAUUACAGCAACACCUUUAACGACACGGAAAAGCAGCACAGUAUUAAUUUGUUUUUGGGCUAUUACAAGCCGAGUAAGAGUCAUUUAAAACAAAACCAACCAAUUUGGGAACUGCAAACCGAUUACUACAUGCAUAAUGCCUAUAAACCCCUAUCACCGGGCAAUGAGACUCGUCUCAUCACCGAUUGGGUCCGUAUGAAAGUUCGCAAAUGUUUACCCUACUCCUGUUCGGAUGCUAAUAAAAUUGUCAAAGAACUGUUUCGAGUGCAUAGCAAAGAUCUCGAAAUGAUUGAUGGUUAUUCAAACUAUCAUCAAUCGUUCAAAUGGACUGAUUUAAGUGAACAUAUAUCAUUUGAAAUCAGCCAGUUAGCCAUGCGUCACUUGCCAACUUUUCGAACAAAUUACUCACCAUUCCAGCGGCAAAUACAGGAACGUAAGAAACCGAAAAAUCCUUCUUUAACAGGACAAAGUUCAACUAGUUCUACUACGAGUAAUGAUUCCAGUUCAACGUCUGAGGCUUCGGAUAGUUCGUCAGAUGAAGAAUUUAGUGCCUCGUUAUCGUUGAAAGAGCAAAAUUUAAACAAAACGUUAGAUAAAGAAACACGUUUAACAUUGGCCACUCUACUGCCACCCAUGGAAGAAGUGUACGGCUGUAAGGUAAGUAAUCCAUCUAAAGAAAACAUGGCUAUUUAUAAACGUUAUGUACAAAUGGCUAAAUUGACAACACAACCUUUGAGUGGUGGUGGCACUGGUGGUGUGAUGACAACACAGGCAUCUAGUUUAUCCUCCCCAUCUUCUACUACCACAUCUAGUACACGCAAUACGGGUAUACAAUUAAAACCUUUAAGUAAUUAUGGUUCAGAUUCAUAUUUGUCUGUUAAACCACCUACUGUAAGUGUGGAAAGUCAACGUAUUUAUGAGGAAUAUUGCAAAAGUCCACGUAAUUUUAAUGCAGUACCCAAAAUUGAUGAAAUGGAUAAGCUAUAUCGUUAUGUCUUAAUGCUUUAAACACAUGAGAAAGCAACUAUAUUUGUAUAUUAUUUAAAUAUAAUAAAAGAAAACAUUAAAUACAACAGAA